AUGAAUUCACUUGACUUCAGGAAUUUCCCCCAAGAGCUCUUUUGCUUCCCAUUGGUUAAUGCUUCAUGUCUCAGAAAGGACAGGCCCAUGCCAGUUGUCUUUGCCAUGUACAUGGUCAUGACAGUGGCCAUAGUGAUGACCAUGCUGGGCAACGCGGCUGUGAUCACAUCCAUCGCCCACUUCAAGCAGCUCCACUCCCCGACCAACUUCCUCAUCCUCUCCAUGGCCACCACCGACUUGCUGGUCAGCUGUGUGGUCAUGCCCUUCAGCAUGACACGCUCCGUCCACUCCUGCUGGUACUUUGGAGACCUCUUCUGCAAACUGCACAGCUGCUGCGACGUCAUGCUCUGCACCACGCCCAUUUUUCACCUCUGCUUCAUCUCAGUUGACCGCUACUAUGCUGUCUGUGACCCUCUGCACUACAUCACCAAAAUCACAAUGCCUGUCGUAGAGUUCUUCCUACUCAUCAGUUGGGCCAUUCCCAUCUUCUUUGCCUUUGGCCUGGUCUUCUCAGGAUUAAACCUAAUUGGUUGAGAGGAUUUUAUGGCAGCCAUUGAGUGCACAGGGUUGUGUGUGGUGAUAUUUAACAAGCUCUGGGGGAUUGUGGCUCCCCUGAUAUCUUUCUUUAUUCCUGGGGCAAUCAUGACUGGAGUGUAUAUACACAUCUUCACAGUGGCCAGGAAGCAUGCCAGGAAGAUUGGCACAGGUCCCAGGACAAAACAGGCUGAGUCAGAAAGCACAAUGAAACCCACAGCCAGAAGAGAAAGCAAGGCCACCAAGACUCUGAGCAUAGUCAUGGGAGUGUUCAUGCUGUGCUGGCUGCCCUUCUUCGUCUUGACCAUGGUGGACCCUUUCAUUGAUUUUACAACCCCUGAAGAUUUGUAUAAUGUCUUCAUCUGGCUGGGGUACUUCAAUUCUACUUUCAAUCCCAUUAUUUAUGGUCUGUUUUAUCCUUGGUUUCGCAAGGCUCUGAGGAUGAUUGUCACAGGGAAAAUCUUUAGGCCUCAAUCUUCGACUCUAAAUUUAUUUGCUACUCAUAGUAAAUAA